UGAUUGGCAGGGGGGCGUGGCGACGAGCCGGAAGCCACGCAGGGCCACGUCUGCGGUUGCGAGGGCCAGCUCUGGGUGCCGACGUUGCAGCUUGAUCGCUUCUCCGCUUUGUGGAGGUGAAGGGGGCUUCCUGACUGAGAUAUGGAUUUAGGUGCUAUUACAAAAUACUCAGCAUUACAUGCCAAGCCCAGUGGACUGGUUCUUCAAUACGGGACUGCUGGAUUUCGAACAAAGGCAGAACAUCUUGAUCAUGUCAUGUUUCGCAUGGGAUUAUUAGCUGCUCUGAGGUCCAAACAGACAAAAUCCACUGUAGGAGUCAUGGUAACAGCAUCCCACAAUCCUGAGGAAGAUAAUGGUGUAAAAUUGGUUGAUCCUUUGGGUGAAAUGUUGGCACCAUCCUGGGAGGAACAUGCCACCUGUUUAGCAAACGCUGAGGAACAAGAUAUGCAGAGAGUGCUUAUUGACAUCAGCGAGAAAGAAGCUGUGAAUCUGCAACAAGAUGCCUUUGUAGUUGUUGGUAGAGACACCAGGCCCAGCAGUGAGAAACUUUCACAAUCCGUAAUGGAUGGUGUGACUGUUCUAGGAGGUCAAUUCCAUGAUUAUGGCUUGUUAACAACACCCCAGUUGCACUACAUGGUGUACUGUCGAAACACGGGCGGCCGAUAUGGAAAGGCAACCUUAGAAGGUUACUACCAGAAACUCUCUAAGGCUUUCGUGGAACUCAUCAAACAGGCUUCCUGCAGUGGUGAUGAGUACAGAUCACUUAAGGUCGACUGUGCAAAUGGCAUAGGGGCCCUGAAGCUAAGGGAAAUGGAACACUACUUCUCACAGGGCCUGUCAGUUCAGCUGUUUAAUGAUGGGUCUAAGGGAAAACUCAAUCAUUUAUGUGGAGCUGACUUUGUGAAAAGUCAUCAAAAACCUCCACAGGGAAUGGAAAUUAAGUCCAAUGAAAGAUGCUGUUCUUUUGACGGAGAUGCAGACAGAAUUGUUUAUUACUACCAUGAUGCAGAUGGCCAUUUUCAUCUCAUAGAUGGAGACAAGAUAGCAACGUUAAUUAGCAGCUUCCUUAAAGAGCUCCUGAUGGAGAUUGGAGAAAAUUUGAAUAUUGGUGUUGUACAAACUGCAUAUGCAAAUGGAAGUUCAACACGGUAUCUUGAAGAAGUUAUGAAGGUACCUGUCUAUUGCACUAAGACUGGUGUAAAACAUUUGCACCACAAGGCUCAAGAGUUUGACAUUGGAGUUUAUUUUGAAGCAAACGGGCAUGGCACUGCAUUGUUUAGUACGGCUGUUGAAAUGAAGAUAAAACAAUCAGAACAACUGGAGGAAAAGAAAAGAAAAGCUGCUAAGAUGCUUGAAAACAUUAUUGACUUGUUUAACCAGGCAGCUGGUGAUGCUAUUUCUGACAUGCUGGUGAUUGAGGCAAUCUUGGCUCUGAAGGGCUUGACUGUACAACAGUGGGAUGCUCUUUAUACAGAUCUUCCAAACAGACAACUUAAAGUUCAGGUUGCAGACAGAAGAGUUAUUAGCACUACCAAUGCUGAAAGACAAGCAGUUACACCCCCAGGAUUGCAGGAGGCAAUCAAUGACCUGGUGAAGAAGUACAAGCUUUCGCGAGCUUUUGUCCGGCCCUCUGGUACAGAAGAUGUCGUCCGAGUAUAUGCAGAAGCAGACUCACAAGAAAGUGCAGAUCACCUUGCACAUGAAGUGAGCUUGGCAGUAUUUCAGCUGGCUGGAGGAAUUGGAGAAAGACCCCAACCAGGUUUCUGAAGAUUAUUUUCAUAAUCCCGAGAAACUGGACUUUUUAAAAGUCUUUACAAAGCGGUCAAUAAUGGCAAUACUAAUAGAUUUAUCAUAAUGUUUACAGUGCACCCCUACUUGUCUCUAGGUCUGAUUGUUAUUCUUAAAACACUACCAGAAUAAUUCUUUAUAAAUAGGUAAGCCUUACACUUAUUAAAGAAAUAUACCUCUCAUCUGAUUCUCACUAAUGUAAAAUAUUGGGGUUUAAGUAUACAAUUCAAUCACUAACCCAACAGUUGUAUGUGGGAAAAACUCAUGCAGACUACUGGAAAAUUAAAUCUUGUUAACUUUUUGUGCAUCUUUGUCAUUGCCAUCAUAUGAGCAAGAUGAUGUUUUACAGCAUUUCCCAUUUCUGAUACAAAUGGAGAAGGUGGAGAAGACUUAUAACCAGUUUUUCCAUUGCAGUUUUAAGAAAGAUUAUUAUAUGACUUACCUAUAUGACUGAUGCCAUCAGGAACUCAGAGGUGUGAAUAGGGAGGGGGUUGUCCAUUCCCCCUACAUACUGAGGUGGAGAUGCUCGUGCAAUACUUAGAAGGAUGCAUGGUCCAGCCUUUAGUUAUUCUUAACUGCUCUUGGUGAAGGUAUGUGGGAGAAAACUAAUUGUAAUACAUUUCCCAGCCUCUGAUGGAGAAGGGACACCACUCUGAUAUCAGAACACGGUUAAUAUGGCAAAGAAAGAGAAAAAUCCCCAACCAAUCUUAUAUUAAACCAAACCUGAAACCAAUGGAAAAAAUGUGUGGUGUAUAUUUUGCAGGUUUAAGACAACUCAGGACAAUAAAAACAAUGGACUUUACAUGUAUAUAUAGCUCUCUUAGGCACCAUAAUCAAUAUGAGCCAACAAUAUUUAAACUUGAUUCAGGCCACGCUCAGACAUUUGCUCUUAUUUACAAAUAUUUAACUUAAAUACAACCUGAAAUGUGUUUUGUUACAUACAAAAAAGAAAAAGAAAAACUAUACAACUCAGAGCAGUGUGUUUGUUUUAAAUAAUUACAUUUACAUGUAAGCUAAAUGGAACCACCAGUGGUGCUCAAGUUUUUAUCAUCCCUUCCAGAAAAUCUUUUUCUACCAUCUCUUCUAUUUUUUGCCUGGCUUUGCUGGAACAUGGUUUGUGGUUCUCCAGUUUCAUGUCUUUAUUAGGGAAGGCAUUUGAGUAGAGGAUGGGACUUCCUGAGUGUUCUCCACAUCGGCUUGUGACUUUGCUGUUGAAGACUUGACUGAGCACAUUGAAGAAUGGCAGAAGCUGCUCCAUGCUGCGCACGGUGCAGAUGGUGAGCAGCAAGUGCCCUGGCUCCCAACCCAACGUCCUCCCUGAGUUGUCUUCUUCUGGAUUUUUCUGCAGAAAACAAAAAGUGAAUUGGUAUUAAGAAUGUGGUGUGUUAGAAAAAUUAAAAAGAUAUAAGCAUUGGCAGUUGGCCAAGGAAUGAACAUAAAUGACAUUAGGUUUCUACUCCUGACCUGAUCAAAACCGUUGGUGCUUCUGAGACCUUUUAGUGUCAUCUAUUAGUUUUAUAUGGAGCAGUCUAACACUGUAGUAAUAGUUCCCAACUAGAAUGGACAGAUAAGCUUAGUUAACAAAUAGCUUUGAACACGAUUAGAGUCAAACAAAAAAGUUUUAUGUUGUGCUUUGUAUUUACUCAAAAAGCACCCAGGUUUCUUUCUUUCUUUUUUUUUUUUUUUAUCAUUAAGAACUUGCUUUAUGUAUCUGAGAGCUCCUGUACCAGGUUUCUGAACUCUCACUAAUGUAUAUAACCACGGACUAGGUCACAAAAUGACUACAGAAAAAAGGAAUGAAGAGCUUUAUACAUCCCCUUUUAUUAUAAUUAGUUAAUUCCCAUUUAUCCAAAUGGCCUAAAUUUGCUUUGAUGGUAGCAGUGUCCAGAGUGCAGAAUUACUGUCAGUCCUGCAUCACAGAGAAAGGAAGGGAUCCCUCAGGAGAGACACUGCUUUUUCUUUCUUUGUGCUCAACAACACAGGGAGGAAAGCUGGACCUGGAGUCAAAGGAAUUGGGUUAGUGUACUGACUCUGCCAUACUUGUGAUAUCCCUGAUACACAAAGGUACCUUACUUAUAAAAUGGGACAGUCUAUGAGAAGGUUAAUGAAAACUGUCCAUUAGAUAUAAACAAAUAAUUUGUGUAUUAAGAGGCUAGUUUAAGAAGCCACCUGAAUUACACAAACACAGCCACAAACAUCAUUCUGUCUAGAGAAAGAUACAAGACAACUGAGGUUGGUUGAACUUGGGCAGAAUCACAGAUACAAUACCACACUAAGGAUAAUGAAAAUAAGCAGUGAACUAGACAGAUGGAAGAAAUAAUGAAGACUUAGGAAGCAGAAUUAUUAUCUGUCAUAUUAACAAAUGGAGUGUGCCUUCUAAGAUCAGAUGUUGCUGAGAAACUCAUUGUUUACCUAAUAAUUUAUUAUCACUAGUUUCCUAGUGGGUAAAGCAGAUACAAAAUCCAGCUUUUCUUCUAUGUGCUCUCAAGCUUGUUGCUUAAAGUAAAAUCCUGAAAAAGGAAAAUACUAAGUUGGCAACGUAAAACUGCGGUUUUUGCAUUGUUGAAAUUUGCCGUUUUAUGUUGGAGUAUGUUCUUAAAUUUUGGUUAUAUUAUACAUCA